GUUGGCCAACACCCCCAUGGGGGAGACCACCAGGUCAAGGAGCUCCAAGCCUUGUCCUGUCUGGACUGUGGGAAGAGCUUCACGCGGAGCUCGGCGCUCAACGAGCAUCAACGUCGGCACGGAGAACACCAGGUCGGCCAACACCUCCAUGGGGACGAUCAACGUAGACAUGGAGAGGACCAAGUUGGCCAACACCAACAUUGCCAUGACAAAGCCCAUCAAGCCAAGGAUGACCACCAAGACCUCCAACCCUUGUCCUGCCUGGACUGUGGGAAGAGCUUCACGCGGAGCUCGGCGCUCAACGAGCAUCAACGUAGACAUGGAGAGGACCAAGUUGGCCAACACCAACAUUGCCAUGACAAAGCCCAUCAAGCCAAGGAUGACCACCAAGACCUCCAACCCUUGUCCUGCCUGGACUGUGGGAAGAGCUUCACGCGGAGCUCGGCGCUCAACGAGCAUCAACGUAGACAUGGAGAGGACCAAGUUGGCCAACACCAACAUUGCCAUGACAAAGCCCAUCAAGCCAAGGAUGACCACCAAGACCUCCAACCCUUGUCCUGCCUGGACUGUGGGAAGAGCUUCACGCGGAGCUCGGCGCUCAACGAGCAUCAACGUCGGCACGGGGAACACCAG